AGCUGACAGGAUGUACAAGUUUCAGGAGGUGGGGUCAGGCCAGGCUCCGCCCCCUGGAAGAGGCGGUCUGGUUGCUAAGCGAUACAGCAUCCUGCAGAGUCUGGGCCGAGGAAGUUUUGGCUGCGUUUAUCUGGUUCAGGACAACAAAGCUUCAGACGGAGAAGAGCUGAAGGUGUUGAAGCAGAUUCCUCUGGGCGACCUUCGGCCCGACGAGACAGUCCGAGCGACGCAGGAGGCCCAUCUGCUGUCUCAGCUGCACCACCCGGCCAUCCUCACCUUCUACCACAGCUUCCUGGAGGGAGACGCCUUCUGCAUCGUCACAGAGUUCUGCCAGGAUCGGGAUCUGGACUGUAGGCUAGAGGAGGUGCGACAAGCUGGGCGGAGCCUCCCCGAACUCCAGGUCAUCGAUUGGCUCAUCCAGCUGCUGCUCGGCCUUCACUACAUGCAUGACAGGCGAAUCCUCCACAGAGAUCUGAAGGCCAAGAACGUCUUCCUGAAACGAAACCUUGUUAAAAUCGGUGACUUUGGUGUUUCCUGCCUGCUGAUGGGAUCAUGUGAUCUGGCCACCACCUUCACAGGGACGCCGUACUACAUGAGUCCAGAGGUGCUGAACCACCAGGGCUACGACUCCAAGUCUGACAUCUGGCAAACGAAGGUUCACCUGCAAACGCUGAUGGAGAAGUCAGAGGUGGAGAAGAUGACGCCAAGAGAGAGAAUGAGGCUCCGCAAACUGCAGGCUGCCGACGAGAAGGCCAGGAGACUCAGGAAACUGGCUGAGGAGAAAUAUGAGGAGAUCCACACCCGAAGGAGGGAACUGAGGAGCCGCCAUUUUGAAAAAGUCAGCCUGGAUGUACUGAAUGAGAGCAGAGAGGACGGAGACUGUCAGAGUCGACCAAUCAGUGUCCAGGAUCACCGUUCGCCAGGUGGGUCGCAGCCAAUCCGGGAGCAGGAUGAAGGAAAGACGUCUGAGUCUGAGUCCGGACUGCAAGGUCUGUCCGCAGCCGGCUGGGCUCAGACGUCUUCCAGAAGCUGUAUGAGAACCUGAAGGAGGCCAGGUGGCGGUGGCGGCACGAUGGUGAUGAUGGCGUCACAGAGUCUCUGAGACACCUGGAGGAGCAACCAGAUGCUGGUUUCCAGGUGGACCAGCUGCUGUUCUAUGAAGAAGAGCUGCAGAGAGUAAGACAUCUGCAGGAGGGCAGACCGCCUGUCUGACAGCAAGGAAAAAAAAUAUUAUAUAUAUAUAUAUAUA